CCAUUGAACACAUGGUAGAUGUAUCGCAAGAAAGAAGGCACUCCAGGGAUCUUGGGGCUCGGUGUGGUGCUCAUCCAUUCCUGCAGAUCAAGGGCCUUGUGGGUGCUCUGGAUCCACUUGGUCGCUUGGGUGGUGCCACAUCGAUGCUGGUACUCCUUGUUGGAGAACGACACGAUCUUCUCGUUGGCACGCUGUGCCUUGGUCACCUUGACACCGUCUUGCUCCUGGAUGGUUGGUUGACCGGGUGCCCGAAUGACAGCGGUGAAGAUCGAUCCC